AUGCAUUGCGCAUAAAUGGCCGCCAUGUUGCUGCCGUCUGAAAGAUGUUCGCAACUCUGUGUGUUUACUAAUGAAUUUUAAGAACUUCAGUAGUUAAAUUACUGUGUUUGUGAAAUUGUGAGUGUACAAUGGUUUUAUAUUUCAUGUAUUGUUGUGAUUGAAAAGUCUGUCAAAUGUCUCUGAAGCCAAUAAACAGUGAAAUUUUCUUUAGAUAGUCAUUCGAUUCGGACGGCAUAAUGGCUGACAAUCUGAUUCAAAAGUCACAUAAAACUAGUGAGAAAAACAAGUAUAACAACGUUGUUCAUCGUACGACGAGCGAAUCUCUUCGUCUGAAUGAGUCGGAGAAGGGAGUGACUCACCCGACGAGCCUUCAAGCCGCGCAUAACCCAAGGAAAAUAUCUUCGUUUCAGAUAACCAGUGUGACCGUUGGUUCGCGAGUGAGCACUGAUGCUGGAGAGGAUUCAGCCGACGAUCUAGAUGAAUCUCACACCGACGACAUCUCAAGAGUGACAGAUAUCGAGAAUGAGACACCGAGUUACUCUGAAGACACCUUUUCAAAAGACGAUGUGUUUUACAACGCCUCUAGUGCAUCAUUAGGUUGUGCGCCUGUGAUACCAACGAGUUCUCAAUACGGGCUCGCGAUCGUCGGCCAGGACCCCAACACUAACCAAAUAGGAGGAGCAGUGCCAAAUAGUAAUAAUUCUGAAGUGACGGACAUGCAUGUCAGUGUUACUAAUGCCGGAACAGGCAUUAUCAAUCUCAUAGGAAAUGCGAAACCGCAGGAAGGUAUGAAAGAAAUACAAGAACAUGUUAGGAAUGAACGAUUUAAAGUUGUGAAAAUAGAAAGCACAGAACCAUUUCGUAGGGGUCGGUGGAUAUGUAUGGAUUACUUGGAUCACACAACUACUCAACCAACAGCUCCAAACAAUAACUUGGAUGUAACAGAUACUAACACCCUGCCUGCUCCUGACAGUGGUGUUGUCAUAAAUGAUAGUCUACAUGAUGAAAUGUCUAAUGAUCUUGCAAAUAAAGGGCCUAAGGACAUUCAAGGCAAUGCUCCAACAGUGCAACAACUGGAACAAACUCUUCAAAAACAAUUCCCUAUGGCUUCCCCUGGUCAAUCGUUAACCCAGCCUAUAAAUGUAGUACCUCAGCAGAUACCUGUAAAUCAAACAGUUAAUGUACAGUCACCUCCACUAGAGAUGCCGCAACAGAUGCCAAAUCAAACUAUGCCACAGCCUCAGCAGGUGGCCCAGCAACACCCACAAAGUAUGACUCAUAUUACUAUGCAAAAUGCGCCUCAAAAUCAUCCUCAAGCUCCCCAGCCACAGCAGGUCCAACAAAUACCACAGAGCUUUCCACAACAUCAACUACAACAAGUUAUUGCACAGUCACAAGGCAUAGCUAUGCAACAGAUUCCAAUGCACCAGCAAAUGCCACAACAGAUGCAAACUAUUCAAAAUCAACAAAUGCAACAAAUGAAUCAACAUAUGCCUCAGGCGCAAAUGCCUAAUAUUCAACAAAUACAACAACAGAUUCCCCAAAUGCAGGCGUUGACGAACCAGGGUCAAAUUACACAAGUGUCGAACCAGCAGUCACAGAUGCAACAAAUGCAAAUGCAACAGAUGCAAGGACAACCUAAUCCACAACAAAUGCAUAUUCAGCAAGCUCAGAUGGCAAACAUUGGGCAACAUCUCCAAGGACAGCAAGCAAUGGGAGCACAGCAAGCCCAACUACAACAAAUACAGGCUCUGCAAGGCCAACAGUUACCUAACCACAUACAAACAUUACAGAUGCCAGCACAACUUACAGGAGCUAAUCAGCAAAUACCACAGAUGCAACCACAAAUGCAUCAAAUCCCCACACAGCCUCAGCAACAAGUUGUGCCGGGAAUGCACCCACAGAUGCCCCAACAAGGCAUGGGAACUGUCCAGCCUCAGUAUAACCAAGCUGUGCCUCAGCAACAGAAUGCCCAAUCCAUGAUCAGUGCUAAUAUUCCAUCAUCUCAGCAGCCAAUGGUCCAACAGCAGCACAAUGUUCCUCAAUAUCACACACAGCAACAGCAAAUGAGUCAGCAAGGGCAAACCUUGCCACAAGAGGUGCUUACGAGUAUUGUUACAUCACAACAAGGUGCAACUCUGCCUUCUAAUCUUCAGCCGAUGGCAUCUCAGCCCCAGGGCUCGACACUGCCCGCGAAUCUCCAAAGCCUGACCCAGCAGCAACCUGUCCAUACGAUGGCUCAACAACAAGGGAAUGUGCCACCAACGAACAUGCAAAUGAUGGCUGCGCCUCCUCAGAAUAUGCAGAUGACUCUAGACGGGAAUCAGCCUAGUAUGCAGAUACCCGCCUCAGAUCCAAUUUACAUGCAACCUACUAACGUUGGUCAGCAAAUGCCAGUUGGGCAACAUAUGGCACAGCAAAAUAUGUUACCACAGCAAGUGAGCGGUCAGGGCCAAAUGGGCGGUGUGCAGUAUGUGGCCAACCAGCCUGUGUCAUUGGCUCACCAGAACAUUCCCAUGUCGAUGCAGCAGACUAUGCCGGUCGGGAUGGGCGGCGGAGUCCAUGCUAAUGUGGUGCAAUCCCAGACAAGUAUGGGAAUUGGAUAUGGUGGUGUAGUGCCAGUGAUGUCUCAGAGCAGUGUUGCUCCAGUCGAAGCGACUGUGUCAGGAACUAACUCUCCAGUGGUUUCUCUGCCUGUUAAUUCCACGGCGUAUGUGGCUAAUACGGCACAAUCGGGACAUGACAAUCAGGGCUUCGGUAGCCCAGUGAGUGCAGUGGUGUCUCACGUGAUCAGUAAUGCAGUGAUGAGCAAUGUGAAUGUGAGUGCAUGUGAAAGUGGUGCUCCGGAUGUAGCAGCGGAUACAGCAGCAGCUGACACUGGGGAUGGGAAGGAGGAGCAACCUGCCCAACCACCUGAGGAUGAAAGCAUCAACGGGUUGGCGUUGGCGCUCGGCAGCAGCGGCGCGGGCAGCCCUUCGUCAGCUGACACCAGAGAGCAGACGGCAACAUCGUCUCGUGCGGCAUCCCCUCCGCCCUCCGACAGGCAACACACCAGCGCAUCGGGCACUAGCGCGGUGGCCAUCGACAACAAGAUCGAGCAAGCUAUGGAUCUGGUUAAAAGCCACUUGAUGUUCGCGGUGCGCGAAGAGGUGGAAGUCCUGAAGGAGCGCAUCGCGGAACUAAUGGAGAGGAUCAACCAGCUCGAAGUAGAGAACACAUUCCUGCGCGCGCACGCCAGCCAAGACACGCUGGCGCAGCUGCCCGCGGCCGGUACCCGGCCGCCGCCACAGACGCAGGGCCCUCAGCCGCCGGUGUCGUAGGCCGCCGGGCCGGCGCUCGAGACAACGCCCGCCGGCCCUCGCCGGCCCAGAGGUCCACAGCCUCCCCCCUCGGCGCGCGACCCCGGCCGCAGCUGCACGUUGCUCGCGGGACCCAGGGAGUCACUAUGGCUGUGCUAUGUUAAUUCGUAGGUUAACAAGAAUGAGUGGAAAGUACACGGUCGAGCGCCGAGGGACCCCGCGCGGCCGAUCGUCGCCGCACGAUAAAUCACACAAGUGUCUAGUUAGCAUCACCGCGCCGCGCCCGCUCCCCGCUUCGCUCAACGCUCAAACGCACCACCGGCGGUGAGGGACGGAACAGCGCGAUGAGCCUUCUAUAUAAUGCUUCAGAUUCAUAGACGUAUAUAUUCUGUUAUUAUAAUUUAGGGUGCAGAAUUUCGUGCUAACUGCCAUGCUUUUGCUACGCAUCUCAGCAACGAGUCUUUAGUGUUUCAAUGUACGUCGUCGUAUUUUUUUAUUCGGUUUAAAGUUUAGGUAUCGCUAACCAGAUAUUAUUCCAUAUAAGAUAAUUAUAAGACGUGUGUUUAUAAUGAAUGUAAUAAACUAGAGAUGAAUAUAAUAUUUCGCAUUGAACAAUGACUGUGUGUUAAUUUAUUUUCUCUAUUUUUUAUAUGUAUAUGUAAUUUAAGUUAUUUAUCGAUUUUCAAUACUGUGUUACAUUAAAUUGCAAGUGUUGUCCUUGAAAAUGUUUAAUGAUCUGUAGAUUGUUCUGAAAGUGUUGUGUGAUGUUUCGUUUAGUUUAAUCAUUUAAUUAUAUGUUAUUGUUAUAUAACGUCGGAAUGUAUGUUAUCUGCAGUUGAUGUUUAACGUUUGCUGAAGAACUCAUAUUUUAGAUUAGAAUCGUUGCGAGAUCGUGAACUCGUGCGAUGCUGGCUUUAGUCAAUUUUGCACGCUGAACAUUAAAAAAAAAAACUAUUUUUAUUCCAGUCCUAUAUCGGUGAAUAAAAUAGAAUUUAUAGUAAUUUAACACUGUAUUUUUUUAAUAAUUAAAUUGUUUGUAUAUAGUACAAGUUGUAAUAGAUUCGUGUGUAGGGAACGAUGUACAUAUGAACGAAUGUGAUGUAAGGAACCUAUUCCUUAGUCCGUGCAUAGACAGCGGAUGUAUCGCGGAAUAUAGCUAAAGCAUAAGUUAAAUAUUCGCUGUAUUUAAUACUAGUUUCACUGUUUAUAAUUAAACAACCGAACAAAAUGUCUGAUGUUAUGACUGAUGUAUGAAAUAAUGCUAGGACUUGAAAGGAUCGGGCAGUUUUUGUAACUGAAAGAAUAUGCCAGCAACUCGAGUGUGACUAUUUUCUUUAUAGAAUAGUAUUUUGUACAACGCUAUGUGUAUAGAUGAUGUUAGGUCUUUGAUUAUUGUGAAUAUACAGUAAUUUACUCCAAGCAUUACCCUAGACCUAGUUAUGAAUUAUAUUACGAUAUAUAAUACUGAAUAUUGUAAAUAUACUGUAAACAGAGAUGCCCGUUGUAGCUUAUGUUGACCAGAAAGGUUCCUCAUACAUACCCAAUAAAUGCAAAAGUAUUCAAAAUGUUU